AUGGCAGCAUUUGACGACUUGCCGGAAGGGUGCAUUGCCACCAUACUCUCUCGUACGACUCCGCUUGACGCCGGAAGGCUCUCCCUCAUUUCCAAGACUUUCCGUUCUGCCGCCGAUUCCGAUGCUGUCUGGGAUCAAUUUCUCCCUUCCGAUCCCAAUUUCAUCGACUCUAUCAUCUCACACUCUCCUUCCCUUGCCAACAUUCAAACCAAAAAGGCUCUCUAUCUCGCUCUAUCCGAUCGACCUAUCAUCAUCGACAAUGGUAAAAAGAGCUUUCAAUUAGAUAGAAGGAGUGGGAAAAAGUGUAUCAUGCUUGCUGCUAGAUCUUUCGCCAUUUCUUGGGGUGAUGAUGAGCGCUAUUGGAACUGGAUUGCUAUGCCUGAAUCCAGGUUCCCUGAAGUUGCUAAGCUUGAUCUUGUGUGGUGGCUUGAAAUUCGUGGGAUUAUUAACACCCAUGCCUUGUCUGCAAAUACUCAGUAUGGGGCUUAUCUUGUGUUCAAGUUGAUUGAUCCCAGGGGAUUGGAGAACCUUCCUAUCGACUUAUCUGUUGGUGUCGAAGGUGGCAAUAACAACACUAAAAUUGUCUGUUUGGAUCCAAACUUGGAACCUAUGUGGCAAAUGGCAGGAAGACGGAACCGUCAUAUGAGUAGGUUGCAGAACAGGGUUGUAGGAUUGCCACGUCCCAAUAUAAGAAGUGAUGAGUGGUUAGAGAUUGAGAUGGGAGAAUUCUUCAAUUCAAGCAUUGAACAUGAAGAAAUCCACAUGAGUGUUAUUGAGACAAAGUCCAAUCAGUUGAAGUGUAAUUUCUUAUUUGAAGGAAUAGAAAUCAGGCCCAAGUAAGACAGUUAAACAACAUUCACUAAACUAUACAAAGCCAUAAGCUACAGCUUCUCCUGUCGGAACUUUUGACACACAUAGAUACUACAGUGUGUGUGUGUGUGUGUGACACACAUAAUAACUGUGUUUUGGAUGUUUCAACCGUGUAUAUAUUUUGAAUGCAAUAUUUAUUUGCUGCCAUUUUUUGAUUUGGGAUCAACUGUGUAUGAAUGCAAUAUUUAUUUGCUGCCA